UUUUUGAAUUCAACAAGAAAUAGCUUUGAAUAUGUCCAUUAAAAUUCUGAUUUGAUUAUCGACUAACAUUUUCUUAUCAUAAAACUUUUUUUUUUCUUUUAGCAUUUGUUUAAAAAUUAAGUCUUUUGUUUUUUAAAAACUAUAAACAUUCGUUCAUUGAUAUAUUUUAUUACAAAAGUUUUUUAAAUGGAAAUAAUUUUGAAAAUUAUGCUGAAAAAAAAGGAAAGUUUAAAAAUAAACAAAAAAAAG